GAUGUGACACUGUCAGAUGGCUCGGUGGUUGAGCACAGAGGAGAACCAUAUGUGUGUGAUAACGUGAAGUCUGAGGAGGAUGAAGUUCCUAUAAAUACAGGCCAUACUUAUGUGACGCCUUUAGAUGGCUCAGUGGUUGAGCACAGAGGAGAACCGUAUGUGUGUGAUCAGGUGAAGACUGAGGAGGAUGAAGUUCCUAUAAAUACAGCUACAGGCUGUAUGGAUGUGACACUGUCAGAUGGCUCAGUGGUUGAGCACAGAGGAGAACCAUAUGUGUGUGAUAACGUGAAGUCUGAGGAGGAUGAAGUUCCUAUAAAUACAGGGCGUAUGGAUGUGACGCCUUCAGAUAGCUCAGCGGUUGAGCACAGAGGAGAACCGUAUGUAUGUGAUCAGGUGAAGACUGAGGAGGAUGAAGUUCCUAUAAAUACAGCUACAGGCUGUAUGGAUGUGACACUGUCAGAUGGCUCAGUGGUUGAGCACAGAGGAGAACCAUAUGUGUGUGAUAACGUGAAGUCUGAGGAGGAUGAAGUUCCUAUAAAUACAGGGCGUAUGGAUGUGACACCUUUAGAUGGCUCAGCGGUUGAGCACAGAGGAGAACCGUAUGUGUGUGAUCAGGUGAAGACUGAGGAGGAUGAAGUUCCUAUAAAUACAGCUACAGGCUGUAUGGAUGUGACACUGUCAGAUGGCUCAGUGGUUGAGCACAGAGGAGAACCAUAUGUGUGUGAUAACGUGAAGUCUGAGGAGGAUGAAGUUCCUAUAAAUACAGGGCGUAUGGAUGUGACGCCUUUAGAUGGCUCAGCGGUUGAGCACAGAGGGGAACCGUAUGUGUGUGAUCAGAUGAAGACUGAGGAGGAUGAAGUUCCUAUAAAUACAGCUACAGAUGAAGAUAACACUGAUAUAGUGAAAGUGGAGAUAACAGAAGAUCUGUGUGUGAGGCUUCAGGUGGAAGAACCAGAUGAUGAAACUAAUGACAGCAUCAGCUCAGGGCAUCUAGAGGAAACCCGGGGCACUUGGCUAUUAAAUCUAAAGGAAGAGGAUGAGACAGAGGACACAAAUAGUCAUCAGACUGAAAUACAUUGGUCCCUCCCUGCCGGUGGAUUCACAAAUUGCAGUAAUCCUAGUUAUGGCCAGAGUGCUGGUGAUUCGUUCAAUCUUCUUGAAAAUCAAAGAAGCCACAAGGGACAUUUAUGUUCUGAAUGUGGAAAAUGUUUUCGUUGGAAAUCACAUCUUAUUAUUCAUCAGAAAACUCAUACAGGAGAAAAGGAAUUUUCAUGUUCUGAGUGUGGAAAAUGUUUUACCUGGAAAUCACAACUUAUUACUCAUCAGAAAAAUCAUAGAGGAGAAAAGGAAUUUUCAUGUUCUGAGUGUGGAAAAUGUUUUACCUGGAAAUCACAACUUAUUACUCAUCAGAAAAAUCAUACAGGAGAAAAGGAAUUUUCAUGUUCUGAGUGUGGAAAAUGUUUUACCUGGAAAUCACAUCUUAUUACUCAUCAGAAAAAUCAUACAGGAAAAAAGGAAUUUUCAUGUUCUGAGUGUGGAAAAUGUUUUACCUGGAAAUCACAACUUAUUACUCAUCAGAAAAAUCAUACAGGAGAAAAGGAAUUUUCAUGUUCUGAGUGUGGAAAAUGUUUUACCUGGAAAUCACAACUUAUUACUCAUCAGAAAAUUCAUACAGGAGAAAAAGCAUUUUCAUGUUCUUUAUGUGGGAAAUGUUUUAAUCUGAAAUCAAAUUUUAUUAGACAUCAGAAAAUACAUUUAGGAGAGAAAGCAUUUUCAUGUUUUCAGUGUGGGAAAUGUUUUACUAUGAAAUCACAACUUAUUACUCAUCAGAAAAAUCAUAGAGGAGAAAAGGAAUUUUCAUGUUCUGAGUGUGGAAAAUGUUUUACCUGGAAAUCACAACUUAUUACUCAUCAGAAAAAUCAUACAGGAGAAAAGGAAUUUUCAUGUUCUGAGUGUGGAAAAUGUUUUACCUGGAAAUCACAUCUUAUUACUCAUCAGAAAAAUCAUACAGGAAAAAAGGAAUUUUCAUGUUCUGAGUGUGGAAAAUGUUUUACCUGGAAAUCACAACUUAUUACUCAUCAGAAAAAUCAUACAGGAGAAAAGGAAUUUUCAUGUUCUGAGUGUGGAAAAUGUUUUACCUGGAAAUCACAACUUAUUACUCAUCAGAAAAUUCAUACAGGAGAAAAAGCAUUUUCAUGUUCUUUAUGUGGGAAAUGUUUUAAUCUGAAAUCAAAUUUUAUUAGACAUCAGAAAAUACAUUUAGGAGAGAAAGCAUUUUCAUGUUUUCAGUGUGGGAAAUGUUUUACUAUGAAAUCAAAUCUUAUAGUACAUCUGAAAACUCAUACAGGAGAGAAAACAUGUUCAUGUUCUGAAUGUGGAAAAUGUUUUACUAUGAAAUCACAACUUAUUGUUCAUCAGAAAAUUCAUACAGGAGAGAAAGCAUUUUCAUGUUCUGAAUGUGGAAAAUGUUUUCUCAAGAAAGCAGAUCUUUAUAGACAUUUGAAAAUUCAUACAGGAGAAAGGCCAUUUUCCUGUUCUAUAUGCGGGAAAUGUUUUAUCCAGAAAUCAAAUCUUAUUAGCCACCAGAAAAUUCAUACAGGAAACAAACCAGUUUAAUGUUCUUUAAGUGGGAAAUAUUUUCUUAAGAAACCAAAAAACUAUAUCCUGCUUUCUAUAGAGGUCCUGAAUAUUGCUCAUUUUUUUACUGCUGAAUCUUGGUUAUUUUAAAAGGAUACAAUUUUGAAAAUCAGAAAUGAUUAAAUAGUAUGUGCAUGUAUUUUAAUUGCACAGCAAUCCUUUCACAUGUACUGGUGUUCUACAUCUGAGCAAUUCAAGUAACUGCGCUGCUCAAAUAUCUGCUAGUCAAUUGGAAAAACAAGAUGCACUUGUCUGCUGAUAGUUUGUAUAUUGUCUGAACUGCAAAAACAAGUCUCCCAUAUCAGCUGUAGCUAUUUCACCUUAACAGGAAAUCGGAUAUUCCUUACCUGCUUCCAGAUCUGCACAGUAUCUAAAAUGUACAAGGAACACUGCCUAACCUGAUCUGUUUAUCUCUCCUUAAAUGUAUAGAAAACUGUGCUGUUUUACUAAAAAAAAAGUUAAAUCAAAGGAAACAUAAAAAGAAACAGAUUGUAUUAUUAAAGACAUUAAAGACUUUGAGAUUGUAA